UUGUGUAAGUCUUUGACAGCACAGUGCCAAAAAUUCAAGAUUUUCAACCUUAUCGCCUUUCUAACAGAGCUGUCAACCCUGCAUUAAACUACUCAGCUUAAUCCUGCUCUUGGUUCUGCAAGGAAGAGAAAAGAAUCAAGCUACCUGACCCCCAGGCCCAGUGAGGAAACUGGUAGCUGCCAACACUAGCCGUGGUGUGCAGGGCACCUUUCCAUUGUGUAUUUGUGUAGAACGCCAAGUUGAAGCAUUUCAGAGCUGGAAAAAAGGCUCCUGGUCCCCAGCUCCUACAAUGUGACUCUUCAGGCCACUCACUGUUUCCCAAGUGAAUGUCUGCACUGGCGCAAGCUAGUCACAGAAAGCAAUUAAAAGAAAACAUUGUUUUCCUGAUAAAGCAACACAAAGAAUAAGACAAAAAAGAAAGGAAGUUCACCUUGAAGAAAUCCAAAGCACUUUGAAGUUUAAGAAGCCUUCCAUCAUCUGCUGCUAAAGCCACCUUGGGCCCUGGGAUGUAUCAAGUGCUUUACAUGUAAAUGACUGAUGACUGUUUUGAAGAGCUGCUAUGACACAGAGGGAGUGAAAACUACUGGGUGAAGACCUGGCCAUGCACUGAAAGUGGAACAGCAAGCACCAAGCUCCGUGGAAAAUGUCUGCUUGUAACACCUUCACUGAGCACGUGUGGAAGCCUGGCGAAUGCAAGAACUGCUUUAAACCUAAGAGCCUUCACCAGCUGCCCCCCACUCCAGAGGCAGCGCCCCUCCCCCACGGCGGAGUCAAGACCAACGCCAACCACAGCAACAACCACCGGGUCAGGAACACGGGAAACUUCCGGCCUCCCGUGGCCAAAAAGCCCACCAUCGCCGUGAAACCCACCAUGAUGGUGGCCGGUGGGCAGAGCGUGAGCGCCGAGGCCAGCACCCCAGAGCACUGCGAGAACAAGCCGGUGAUCAUCAACUGGACCCGAAACAGGGCUUCCCUGAAUCAAAAACCACUGACUAACAAUAACAAUGAUGAAGAAGAGACCGAAGGACUUAGCCACGUUCACAGGCCUUUUGGCACCAGCGACAGCAUGAGUAAGAUGGCCAGUAACAAUAACGGGCUCACUGACGUGUUAAAGGAGAUAGUGGGCUUGGACACCACCCCUCAGCGAAUCGGGAACGAGAGUAACUCGAGGGAAACCUUCUUGGGAAGGAUCAAUAACUGCUAUAAGCGAUCCCUGGAAAGGAAGCUUCCUCCCAGCUGCUUGAUGGGAGGGAUGAAGGACUCUCAGAGUAAGCGUGUUAUUCUGAGUGGUAGCACAGAAGUGAUCAGUAAUGAAGGUGGUCGGUUUUGUUACCCGGAGUUUUCCAGUGAAGAUGAGAGUGAGGAUGAUGCGUUUUUUAGCAGUAUGCAUGAAGAACAUGAGAGCUGGGAUGAAAGUGAUGAAGAGUUGUUGGCCAUGGAAAUUCGUAUGAGAGGGCAGCCCCGCUUUGCUAACUUCAGAGCAAACACCCUCUCCCCUGUUCGAUUCUUUGUGGGCAAAAAAUGGAAUACUGUCCCCAUGAGAAAUAAAUCUCUCCAGAGGAUCUGUGCAGUAGACUAUGAUGAUAGCUAUGAUGAAAUCUUAAAUGGUUAUGGAGAAGAUUCUGUAAUCCCUUAUGGGCAGGAGAGCACACAGAGCAUGAUCUCUUCUGAUUCCACAUCCCCCGAGUCAUCCUUAACAGAGGAGUCUCGCUCGGGGACAGCCAGUAGCUCAUCUCAAAAACUCUGCAAUGGAGGGAUGUCUCCUGGUAGCCCUAAGGAUGUUAAGGAGAUCCAGCCAAUUGAGCCAGAUUACAAAAACUCCGAUAACCAGCAAGUGAAGGACACAACCAGUGCUCCAAAAAGCCCAACCCAAGUUUUGGAGACCCACAAGGCAGUGCUUGCUCUCCGAUUAGAAGAGAAAGAUGGCCGGAUUGCUCUUCAAACUGAGAAGCAGGAAAGCAAAAAUUCUCCAGAUCUGGCUGGGCAAGCAGUGACUAUAAACUUAGUGCCUCUGGAAGAACAAGCCAAGCCUUACCGAGUUGUAAAUCUGGAACAGCCAGUGUGCAAGCCCUAUACGAUCGUGGAUGUGUCAGCAGCCAUGACCAGUGAGCACAUGGACGGUCAGACCGAGAGUCCCAAAACCAAAAGCACGUUGUCCACUCCAAACUCCCCACUUAUGUCUCCCACUUCUACUUCAGCACAGGGAAAUGCUCAUUUCAAAAAAUCCAGUACCAUCCGAUACCAGGAAGUCUGGACGUCUAGUACUAGCCCACGCCAAAAGAUACCUAAAGUGGAACUAGUCACUGGUGGCACAGGACCAACUGUCCCUCCGAGGAAAAACUCCCAUAAGUCAGCCCCUACUUCACCCACAGCUACAAGUAUUUCUUCCAAAACAAUCCCAGUUAAGUCACCCAAUUUGUCAGAAAUCAAAUUUAAUAGUUACAACAAUGCUGGCAUGCCUCCUUUUCCAAUUAUCAUCCAUGAUGAGCCAACUUAUGCCCGUAGUUCCAAGAACGCUAUCAAAGUUCCCAUUGUGAUCAAUCCUAAUGCAUAUGACAAUUUAGCCAUCUAUAAAAGUUUUCUGGGAACCAGUGGAGAGCUGUCAGUGAAAGAUAAAACCACGAGCAUAAUAAGCCACACUUACGAAGAAAUAGAAACAGAAUGUAAAGUAGCAGAGAGUCCCACCAGCAAAGCUGCUGAUUCUUCCCUGGGGAAGGGGCGGUCCAACAGCACCGAGCACAGGAAGGGCUCUGUAGCUCAAAAGGUCCAGGAGUUUAACAGCUGCCUCAGUAGGGGCCAGCCCUCCCCCCAGAGAAGGCAGAGUUCUGCGCAUGGCUCCCCAGCACGAACCCAAAGAACCACCCAGGAGUCUGUAGCCAAGAUCGAAGGUGCUCUGGAGUCACCGACAUUGGGCAGCAGCAGCAACCGGGAAAAGGCGAGCACUGUGCUGUCACAGAUUGUAGCUUCUAUCCAGCCUCCACAAUCUCCCCCAGAAACCCCUCCCUCAGGCCCUGAAGCCUGCAGUGCAGAGGAACUGUAUGCCCUGCCUCCAGGGGACGAUGCCCCGGCAAGUCCUCCCGCGAGGCCAAAAUCUCUCUUUGCCACUGCACAGCCUAGCCACGAGAAUGAAGCUGCCCCGGCCGCAGAAAGCCCCAGUGCUCCCACGCACAAGGAGCCACCUUCCAAGCCCACCACUUGUCACUCCUCCAAAUACAUGGCUGGCACUCCUACCCCAAGUCCCCAGACUGAACCAGGACCUCCCUUUCCCCCUCCACGCUCCACUUCCUCUCCAUACCACGCAAGUAACCUUUUGCAAAGACACUUCAGCCACUGGAGCAAGCCAACCAGCCCCACCAGGUCAACAGAGGCUGAGUCUGUCCUGAGCUCUGAAGGCAGGCGGGCAACCGACGCCAAGCCUAAGCGCUGGAUAUCAUUUAAGAGCUUCUUCCGCCGUAAGAAGACUGAUGAGGAAGAAGACAAAGAAAAAGAGAGAGAGAAGGGGAAGCUGGUGGGCCUCGAUGGCACGGUCAUCCACAUGCUUCCCCCACCUCCUGUUCAGCGUCAUCAUUGGUUCACAGAGUCAAGAACUGAUUCCGGUGAAAAGCCAUCUAUUGUUUUCAUGUACAGGUGUGACUCUGCACAGACAGAGCUGAACAUCGACUCAGACAAGCCAGGGGUGGAGCGAGUGGUGAUUUCAGAUAAAAGUGAAAUAGAAGAAAAGGUCUUACAAGAUGCAGAAAAGAAAAAAAGGAAUCAUUCUUCUCCGUCUCGUAUUCCCAAGAAGAUUCUCAGACUCAAGAAGGCCCUGAGAGAAUUUCCUCUAAUGGGGAAUUGUGUCAGUGAGUACAGUGGUCAAGUGCCCCAUGAGGGGACAGUCGAGGGCCCUCCUGGAGUUCCAAGAGCGGUUCCCGUGAAGGAGGAUGGCAAUAAUGUGUUGGGCCUGCCAGCCUUGCCCCCGAACACCCCAGAGAGGGAAGGAGGGAAGGAGGAAGCCUCGGACCCUUCCGAUGAGAGCCCUUGUAGCGCCACAUACAGUAACCUGGGGCAAUCCAGAGCCACCAUGAUCCCUCCCAAGCACCCUCGACAGCCAAAGGGGGCUGUGGACGAUGCCAUUGCUUUUGGGGGAACCACAGAGCAAGAAGUGACCCGCCCCUCCCAAGCCACACCACCCCCCCUGCCAAAGAAAACAAUCCUGAGGGCCAACACGGAACCUCUUCCCAAAGAUCUUCACAAGUCCCUGGAGAACAGUCUGUGUCUUCUGGCCAACCCCACCUAUGACAUGGAGGCCCACUGGGAUGCCAGCAGUGGUGGCUCCUCCCUCAGCUACGAGUUCAAGGGUCUCGGGAACGAGUCCUGCGAUUCGUUAGACAGGCCCAUGCCCAAAGACCGACGUGCCAGUGCCACGGCCCAUAGCGUCUCCAGCCUGAACGCUCUGGGCACACGGGAGCGGUUCUGCACCAGCACCGAGUCCCUAACAGGGCGGCAGGCAACACAGGGCAAGCUGGGCAAGAGCACUCAGAAGCCCCAGAGAACGGCACUCUACCGAGGCAUUGAGAAUCGGGAAGAGGUGGUGGGGAAAAUACGGGGUUUGCACAGCGACGCCCUGAAGAAGCUGGCUCUCAGAUGUGAAGACCUCUUCAUGGCUGGGCAGAAAGACCAGCUCCGCUUUGGGGUAGACAGCUGGUCCGACUUCCGGCUGACCAGCGACAGGCCGUGUUGUGAAGCCGGCGACGCCGUCUACUACCCAGCCUCCUAUGCCAAAGACCCGCUCAGCAGCUAUGCCGUCAAGAUUUGCAAAAGCAAAGCUAAAGAGUCCCAACAGUAUUACCACAGUUUGGCCGUCCGGCAGAGUCUGGCCAUUCACUUUAAUAUCCAGCAGGACUGUGGCCAUUUCCUAGCUGAAGUCCCCAUCCGCCUUCUUCCCUGGGAAGAUCCCAACGCACCUGAGAAGGAAGAUGAUGGAAUGGAAGAAGAGGAGGAGGAAGAGGGCACUGAGAAGCGGAGCAAAGAUGCGGCCCCUAGUGCCGAGUCAGACAGCCAGGGAGGCACCAGCAAGCAGCGUAGUCACGUGGUGGUCAUCACCAGGGAGGUCCCUUACCUCACCGUGGCAGACUUUGUGCGGGAAUCUUUAGCCCAGCAUGGCAAAAACCCAGACACAUACGAGCGCCAGGUCUGCCUGCUUCUCUUACAGCUCUGCUCUGGCCUCGAGCACCUCAAGCCGUAUCACGUCACUCACUGCGACCUUCGGCUGGAGAACCUCCUCCUUAUCCACUGCAAGGCCGGCGGGAGCGUCCGGAAGAGCGAGCCCAGCCUGACCGCUACUUGUCCAACUAGACUAAUAGUGAGCAAUUUCUCCCAGGCCAAGCAGAAGAGCCACCUGGUAGACCCGGAGGUCUUUCGAGACCAGUCCCGUCUCGCCCCCGAGAUCAUCACUGCAACGCAAUACAAAAAAUGUGACGAGUUCCAAACCGGCAUCUUAAUCUAUGAAAUGCUGCACCUCCCUAACCCCUUCGAUGAGAACCCAGAGCUAAAGGAGAAGGAGUACACCCGUGCUGACCUCCCCCGGAUCCCGUGCCGCUCCCCCUACUCCUGGGGCCUGCAGCAGCUGGCCAGCUGCCUCCUCAACCCCAACCCUUCAGAGCGGAUCCUCAUCUCCGAUGCAAAGGGCAUCCUCCAGUGUCUUCUCUGGGGACCCCGCGAGGACCUGUUCCAGACUCUGCACAGCCUGGCCAGCCCCAGCCAGAGAAAUGCCGUUCUCCAGAAUUGGCUGGACAUCAAGCGGACCCUGCUCAUGAUCAGGUUUGCAGAGAAGUCUUUGGACAGAGAGUGCGGAGUCAGCCUGGAAGACUGGCUCUGUGCGCAGUAUCUGGCCUUCGCCACCACAGACUCUCUAGGGUGCAUCGUGAGCAUCCUUCAACACCGCUAAGGUGCAUGGGAUUGUGGUUCUUCUCAGCAGCCCCUGGUUCUCCCUGUGCCCAUCCACAUUCCGCCUUCCCUCAGAAAGUGGCUUACAAGGAAAGGAAAGGAAGACUGACCAUUUGUUCCCAUCCUGGAACAGAUGAGGUCCAUUUGGCAAGGUCACCUCCAGCCCUCAAUACAGUGGGAAACAGAGUCAGUCUGGAAUUUUCUAGAAAUUAAUCUGCAAGGCUAUGCAGUUGUCUUCCACUUAAAUAUCUCCAAGCUUAAUGUUUCUAUAAAUAUAGAUGAAUGAAAGAAAAAAAAACAUCCCUGAAGGAACAGUUUCCUUGGGUAUGAAUACAAUGAGCUCUGUUUAAAUUCCCCUAUAGUUCUGGAUAGUCCCUGACUGACUUUUCAGCAUGUCAUAUUUUAGAUAGCAAUAUACAAAGUUAACUGAUCCCCAUUAUCAACCAGUAAGCUCUCUAAAUAGGUGAUCUUUCUUUUUUCUUGUUGAAAUGUCUAUUUGCUAUCAUAGGCAUGUAGAGCUGUUAUCCUCACCCUCAUGAUAGCCUUACAGAGGGCCACAUGGUCUAAGACAGAUGGUGGGUGGGGCCCAGCCAGGUAAGCCUCACCCCAGGAACUGGCCAGAGCCAAGACUUCCUUGGGCUGCUCCAAAGCAUAUGUCCUAUGUAGAGGAUGAGCAGAGCCCCAACCCUCCCAUCACCAUUGGCAGCCCCCUCCCCCAUCUAAAUGACUAAAGGAUCAUCAGCCACUUUCAGCUUCUCAGUAGGAAAGGGGAUUCUUCUGCUUUUCUGGCAGGUGCCGAGGCAGCCUCCCCCGUAUGGAGCUGCCCUAUGCUCCUCCAGGCUGGGAGGGGGAACCGAGUCACAAGUGCUGUUUUUGAUGAGUGUCAAAGCCGUCAGGUUUGGCAGCCCCACUAACAGUGCCCUGAUCACAGUUUUUCCCUAUGGCAGUAAUUGGCUUGCUUCCUUCUCCCAGCAGAGUGACUGUCAGCUGAGCUCAGAGGUGUAUUUAGGGGGAGGGGAGCCAGUGGCCCUUGAGGUGCCAGGCAGAGGAGGGAAGGAGCCACCCUCUGACCUUCUUCCCCAGUAUUGGCCUCCUUAGACAUGUGGCCCCACGCUCAGUAUUACUAGGUUCCAAACCACAUCUGAAAUUGCUCAGGAGGACCUGUGCUGGGAGCAUCUUGGAUUUGCCGACACUGGGUGUCACAAAGCUGAUGGCCUUCUUUCUGAGCCUCGUGCUUCUCUCCAAUGGAUAUAUGUGCAAUUCUUGUAUUUUUUAAGCUGUAUAUGACAGUGUUUACGUUGCAACCUCACCUGAAGCAAGACCUACGGAAUCCCCACCCUUCCUCUCCAGGCACAUAAACGAGCUUCAGACAGGAGUGCUUUUUACAUAUGUGUGGAUGUUUGUAUGUUUAUUUCGUUCAAAACUGUGAGUAAUCCGUUUACUUCAGCCUUGAAAACAAAUUAGCCACUUUGACCCUGUGUGCAUGCUGGGACCAGAGAGGAGGCCCCAUGCUAAGCAGCCUUGGGGCUCCCGUUUUCCAGGGAAGGCCCGCAAGAGCCCCGUGGGCUGGGCCCUCAGGCCAUGGGGACCCAGAUUGAUUGUGCAGUAUUACGUAGCACAUUAGUGGCCUUGGAAAUAGUUCUAAACUUUGGUGAUUUUUUUUUAAGCCUUUCAUUUGAUUCACUGGUGUCUACAAGUGAUCAGGAAAGGAGAAGGAGAAUGUAUUUUAUUGCAAUGUUACCUUUUUCUUUUUUUUGUUAAGGAAAAAUGAGAUGUUAAAGGGAGUUGGUUGAUGGUGUGCUUCCUUCUAGUGUGCGUCAGGCAUCUCCCCUAGGAGAUGGUGGUCUGGCUGUUGUGGGCCAGCUGCCCCAGCCCCAGGCCAGCCCCAGAGUUUAGAGCUGUAAGUAAUUUGGGGCCCAUUGGCCCUGGUGCACCUGUGCUCCCCAAAGGCUACUUCCUGUCCUCCUGCUUCCCACCCCCCAAGCUUCAGCUUGCUUAUUUACAGGCCCAUCCUUCCUGGCCUCAUUACCCACUAUCCCGGCUACCCACAGCCUCAGGCCAUUCCAGCAGGCACAUCCUCCAGCCCACCUGGCCCUUCAGGUUAUUGAGAUAUCCAUUCUAGGUGUCACUUGUUUGGGUGACUUGCACAUGGCACAUUGUAUAGUUUUAUGUUCAGUGCACCUGGUCCCUGGCCUUCCUUUGACCCUUAGCUUUCUCAUUUCCUUUCUGUUAUGUAUAUGAUGACUCAGAUUCUGGUCAUUUAUUCUAACUCUGUCAUAGAAUCAAGCGUCUCAUCACCGGAGGCUGGCCACCAGUGGCAGGUCCUCGUGGCCCCAGCAGCUCCCAAAGAGCCUUGGCCAAGGUGCUCCGAGGCUGGGACCUGAGUGAGGGAAGGGAGCCCACGGUGAUGAGAUCGCAGAUCCCUGAAGUAUGAGCUGUGCAUCUCUGCAGCGUGGACACCUCUUCCUGCCUGUCUCCUGUGGUGUAGCACUGGGAAUAUUUAGCACCUCUUCUUGUCCGAUGUGAUGGUCGCUGUUUUAUUUGUCGGUUGUUGGAGUGUAGUUGGUUGGUUUUUGUUUUGCCUUUUCGGGGUGGGGGGAGAUGGCUAUUCUUUCAAGGGGUGAAUUCAGACAAGCCAGACAAGGCCUGAGGCUUCCCAGAGAGGAAGGACAGAAAUUGAUUUCCUCUGGGCAGUGCCUCGGGAGGGGAAGAAAGGGACGAUUUCUUACAAAGAACCACAUCCAGUGAUCUUCCAAGAAUGUAAUUCCAAAAUAAAGUAUUCAGUCAUCUUCAUAAUUGUGGCAAAUAUUUUCAAUGUGUUUGAGUUGCGGUAAGCAUCUUGAAUUCCUUCUUCAUCUAGGACACAGCCUGCUCCUAGCCACAGACAAACGCAGGGGGGUUAGGGUAUGAGCACCAAAGCCCUUUAGCAGUUUUCUGAAGUAAUAACUACAGUUUGCAGUCAACAGUAUUGAUUGGAAAUAGAGAUUUUUUUUUUCCAUUGGAAUAAUUUAACUCUCUAUUCCAGACACUUCCAUCUAUAUCAAGAGAAUUGAAAAGUCAAGCAGCCUUUUGGACACCAUUAAAAGCAAGCACUUUCAUAAAGCUAGAGAGAGAAAGCCAAAUCUCUGGCCUUCUUGGGUCAGGGCUGGAGCCGCCUGGGCCAGGGAUGGGAUGGGUAACAGAGUGAGUGCCUUGUUAGAAUUAAAAUCUACUCUUGAAAGAGAAUUACUGGAAAGUCUACCAAAACCCUGAGAAGCCUUAAGCUUUUGGUGUGAGGAAAGCAGCCUUUCCAAUAGGUGCUGACUUGGGCCCUAGAGUAAUGACAGCAUGUCUGGUAGGAAAGGGAGAGAUGGAAAUCUGUGGAAGCUAACCAUGAGAUAAGGUCAUCAGGAGGGAGCUCCACCAGGCCCCUGAGCUUGAUUAGAAUUCCAAGCCGAGUUCUCUGGCACUGUAUCUGGGGCUUUGGCUUCAGAAGGUGAAGCUGGUAGGUCUGGAGGAACCCCAGGGCCCCACAUUUAUCCAGCUGAUUAACGGGGAGGAGGGGGAAGCAUCAAGCACAUUAUUUAGAGUUUUUGAAAAUAAAUUUCAGUUCAAAAGAAAUGAGGUGAAUCCACUUUUGCUUCCAUACUCCACAUGAGUUGUAAGCCCAGAGACCUGUGCUGGAGAUGUUAAAAGAGGUCUCUCUCAGAGUUCAGUUAGCAAGGAUCUGGUUGGAAAGUCCCUGGCUCUGAACAACUUCCAUAGGGCUUUUGGGUCAAAUAGAGUCAGGAGGAGAGCAGCAGGCUUCCCAGACCCAAGCCAUAAGUCAUCCAGUGCUGGGAAGUCAUUUGCAAGCCCCUAAAGCCAGCAGGACUUACAGAAACCUCCAUUCUUCCUAGGCCUCCCUCUCAGAGCUGACAUUUCUGCUCAAACUGUCUCUAAAUGAGUUAGCAGGAGAUAAAGAGCCAAGCAAAUGAUCUGCAAAAUAUAGACCCGACCACAAGAAACAUGACGGGUUUGACAUCUUGGCAUUUUUGAGAAUCCUAAAAGCCUGGGUGGAGGGAGAGGCAUUCCUCCCACCCCUUUCUUCUUCAUUCUUCUUGCUAAUGGAUAGCUGCUACCUGUAGGGAGUUACAGGGUGCCACCCUGUUCCUUUACAGAGGAAGAAACUGAGGCUUACAGAGUUGAGUGAUUUUGCCAGGGUGCCACAGACCAGGGGGAUGAGGAGGAUGGGUUCUAUAAGUGUAAAGUGGUAGGAAGUGUCGGAAUUGGAACCCAGAGCCUCCUGAGACACUGCAAUCCCUGCUCCUAGAGGCUGGCUCAGCUUAAGAAGUUAUUAAUCGUCCUACUUCCUCCCUAACUGGGCUGUUCAUUUUACCUCUUUCCAGUUAGUACUCCAAGUCCCCAAGUGGUCUGCAGCCUUGAAUUCAAAUCACUGCUCUUAACUGCACUGAAAUCCAGCGGGUUUCCCUCAGCAGCCCCCAGGGAAUGAGAGCGACCCCAGAACCCAAAUGGCCUAGGAGGGAGGGGCUGGCAUGGCUGAGACUUUAGGGAGAGAAGAUACCAAAGACAUGAAGCCCUGAUGCUUAAGGCAAAGCUUUUGCCAAGCUAAUGCCAGAGGAGGGGAAUUGACAGACAUUCCACCUCCACCCUUAGAAAUGAUUUUUAUUCCUUUUUUUAAUAGCAAAGUCAUGUGUUAGGAAAAAAAAAAGAAGAAAAACCACCACCACCCUCCCCACCCCCCCCCCAAAAAACCCACCCUGGGCUGAAUGUAAGGUUCCGAGGAACCUGACCUCUCCUCUCCCCCUCUCGCUACUCCAGGAAGGGGCAGUCAGGAACUAUCCCAUGGGGCUAAGCUUGUGAAGAAACAGCCCAUCUCUUUGACACUGUAUUUGAAGGAUUUUUUUCUUUUUAAUGAUGGUUUCAGUAGGUGGUGUUUUAAAGAAUCCUUGGGAGAUUUCUUUAAUGGAUUGUGAAUGUUUUUAUAAACCUUCCUGCAGAGGUGUUUACCACUCAUCAUUACCAUCAUGUAAUAGUUACUAAGUGCCCAGAAGGAGAAAGGGGCUCGCCAGCUGGCUCGACCUCUUGCCCAGGCCUGUUCAAAUUUGAUUCGGUUUGCUGCUACAGCAUUGAGGAAGUGUUCUCCAUCUGAGCUGCCGGCAAUGCUCUCAGUCUUCCCACUUCUGGGCACUGCACCACUGAGGACAGCCUCCAUGCUAUGGGCCAGCCUCAACAUCCAUCCCACCCUCUGUAUUUUUUUAAUCCAAGGUGGUUUCAGGGAUUCAGAGGAUGUUGGAAAUUUUUUUACAUAGAAGAAAUAUAGAGAUAUAUAUAUAGAUAUAUAUUACUAUGAACUUUAUUUCAGAAAAUCCACUUUGCCCUUCUUGUGUGUGUGUAUAUGUAUGUGUGUGUGUGAGGGGAAGAGAGAGGAGGGUUGGAGUGUGUGUGUGCCCACACACAGCAUAUAUGCUUGAAUGUUUACCUACCCAAAGCUUUCAGGUUAGACUCUUGCUUAUUCAGACAUGAGCAGGCAUCCCUCACCUUGCCAGUUUCAGAAGGUUCUUUGUCUGAGAGUGCUGGGCUAGGAUUCUCUGUUGUUGCCACACAGGGCAUCAGGGCUCUGAGACCUCCUGGUAAAAGCGUCUCUGGCUCUCUCUGGGUUUUGUCCUUGGAAUUUUUUUUUCCAAUGACUUCCAAGCCUGCCCCCUCGGUCUGUGUAAGCUUUCUGUUUGGAAAGCUUGUCUCAUUCGCUUUAUCUGAAGCUCUAUCUCUCUGGUCACCCAUUUUAUAGAUGUAUAAACAUAUAAACUAAACCUCCGUCUGUCAUUGGGUGGCACUUCUAUGCUCUGGUUUGCUGUGGUACUUUGCUGUGGACGCGGUGGCAUUCAUGUUACUGUGUAAAUAAACUCGUUUUAUUACACUGAAA